AUGCAGUCAAACAAGGAAAAUACAUCGGUCUGCUCUCGAGACAAAAGUAUAUUGGGAUCAGUUUUAGAGAAUUCGAAACAUGAAAACAAAAGCGUAUGCAGUGUUUGUGAAGACAGGAAGAAGGAAGAUGGGACCGAUCGGGACUCGAACUGGGAACAAGUUUAUAAGCAAGAUGAAGUUAAUGGUGCCUCUCUUUCUAGGCAAAAAUCCAAGGAUAUGAUAAAAGAGGAGGCUAUUUUACUGAGGGCUUCCAGAUCUCAGAUUAACAUUCAUGCCUCGUUACAUGAUCAGAUGGAGCAGGCACAUUUGGCGGCACACUUGCCGAAGGUUUAUCUACCAUGCGGAUUUGGACCCGUGAAACCAGAUAAUGGUAAAGUGUUCUUCUUUGACAUCGACAAUUGCCUAUACAAAAAAUCGACUAAGAUCCACGAUCUCAUGCAGAUCUAUAUCCAUAGAUAUUUCAAAAAGCAUCUACAUCUAAACGAUCAGGAAGCUUAUAGAUUGCACAUGAAAUACUACAAAGAAUACGGAUUGGCAAUUGAGGGAUUAGUUAGAAAACAUAGAAUUAAUGCUUUGGACUAUAAUAAAGUAGUGGAUGAUGCCCUACCACUUGAUCGGAUCCUCGUGCCGAAUUCAAAACUUCGAAAACUUCUCAUCAGACUCAAACGGGAGGGCAAGAUUCAAAGGCUGUGGUUAUUCACUAACGCAUACAAAAAUCAUGGCUUGAGAGUCAUUAAGCUUCUCGGAUUAGGCGAUUUAUUUGACGGCAUGUCAUUUUGUGAUUACUCGCACGUGCCAAUGACUUGCAAGCCAAUGAAAAGUGCAUUUGACAAAGCUCUGGAGGAUGCCGGUGUCACAGAUCCCCGCAAUGCAUACUUUAUAGAUGAUUCGAGUAUCAAUGUUGAUGCGGCUUCGAAAUUCGGUUGGGGCCAUAUCAUCCAGUAUAUAGAGGAUGCCACAGCCGACGAAAUAUCGAAAAGAAAAACCGAGAACCCAAACAUAACGAUAAUUAGAGAUAUCGUUGAACUUCCAAAGGCCUGCCCGGAGUUAUUUUAG